UAUGCUGUCUUUGUUGGUGGCUUCAGGACGUCCUAGCAAAAGAGAAUGGCCCAGCCGACACACCUGAACCGGAAUCUCCCAGGUGAUGAGAAAUGUGCAGAUUUGGGUGGCCCAUUCUUAUACCGCAACCAGGACCGGGAUGGAGAGAAGGCCUCCUACUCCUUGGAGACUCCCUAUGGCUUCCUGUUGGAUCUAGAUUUCCUCAAGUACGUAGAUGAUAUUGAGAGUGGCCAAACCUUCCGGAAGAUUCCGUUGAACCGGAAGGCCAGGGGGCCUAAGCAGGCCCUGGGCUCUUCUCGUAGUCAAACUGGUGGCUGGACGUCCACUGAGUCUCUCUCCUCCACAACCAGCGAAGAUGGCAAACCUGUGUUCUCCCCAAGGCCCAGAAUAUGGGGCAGUUCUUCAGAGCCUGCAAGCAAACAGGCCUCUCUCCCUAUGUCCCCACCACCAGUCAUCCAUCUUCUCCCACCUCCAUCUCCCAAAUCCCUUACGAGAAACACACGGGUGGAGAAAACUUUGUUGGAGACCAGCAAGCGCUUAGAACAAGAGCACCUUGGUUUACUCAAUGAGGGAACUGCUGUAACCACCACCAGGGCUCCUGAGAGCCCAUCUAAAGUUGCUUCGUCCCCCUCAUUUUCACAAAACAUCUCUCCUUUCUCUGUCCCACUGACAGGGGAAAGCCAAGUUGACUUCAGCCUGCCUCUCACAGGUCCUGUAAAAAUGAGCCCCUCCAAUUCAGGCAGGAGUACUCCAGCCACGGCAGUCAGCCCUGCACACCUCCACCAUGUCCGUGACCAGAUGGCAGCUGCCCUCAGGCAACUAAAGGAGCUGGAAGAGCAAGUGAAGACAAUCCCCGUCCUCAAAAUGAAGAUCUGCCGGUUGAAGAAAGAGAAGGAGCAACUGGUGGCUGGCUUGUGGGAGAAAUCUCAGUUGGGUGAGGCCUUCACCUUUGAUUUCCCGCCAAAAUCUCCCAGCAUGGAGACCACCAUUAAUGCAAGCUUGGAGGACAGCCGUGAGGCGACAGACAGCGAGCCUUCGAAAGGAAGGUCAAGUAAAAUUGCUGAGUUAAAGAAACUAACGGAGAAAUUGUCGGUUUCGGAGAAGGCCGUGAAGGUGAACAAGGGAACAGCACCGCUUUUGAGAGCUGAAGAGCACACCCGCAGAUCAGUUGGGGUCGGGGAGGAGAUCAACAUGGAUGAGGCGAUUUUCUACUACCGCAGCCAAAGGCCAUGUCGUGAGGUGGCUGUCGGGUGGGAGACAGAGACCAAAGACGCUGAGGUGUGGGUCAUGGAGUCCUUGCUUGGGUUGUCAGCUGAGACAGAGCGGGAAAUUGAGCUCCUUCAGCAGACGGUUCAGCAUCAGCGUGAGGUGAUCUCUAUGCUGGAGGGACACCUGAAAGAAGCCACGGAGGAACUGGAGGAGUUGAGAGUUGCCGUUUGUUUAAGGAUGCCAAAAAGCCUGAUCAGCAAAGAAACCAUGGCCCAGCCAGAGACUGUGGAAGUGUCUACGGAGGCCGUUCCCACCACCCAAUGCCAGGCUGUGGGAGGCCACGUAGAAACAGCAGAGAAGGGUGUCCUCUUCUCUCCUCAGGUGGCUUGUGUUGGAGUUGGCUGCUGUUUAAAUCAAGAAGACCUCAUGCCUAUCAGAAGCAGAAGUAAAGCCACACAGGUGGAUCUGGAGGUGGACAGCAAAGCCCCACGUCAGAACGAUGUCUCCACCAUGGUGGAACCAGAUGGAAAGGAAGAUGUGCCUAUGCUAGAAGAUGCAAACGUUAGCAAAUCGGCAGUCACCGAGGUGCAUGAAGUGCCUUCCCCAGAGGCAGAGAUUAGGGGAAUGGAUCCAGAAUCGCAUUUGCAACUUGCUGCAGUGGAAGAGGAGAAUGUGCAAAGGUCGUCUGACAAGAGUUCCUUAGGAAGAACAGAAACUGGAGCCCUCAAAUCAAUCAUGAAGAAGCGAGAUGGCAUCUCCAAGGCUGAGGCAGGAAUUGGCAGGAAGAGUCUCCAGUUUGUGGGAGUACUGAAUGGCGAGUAUGAGAGCACAUCCAGUGAGGAGGAGGAGGAUCAGUCCCCCGAAAAGGGCUCUCCGCUCAGUUCCGACAGUGACGCAGCUGCCAGCACAGACACGUCGGAUGAGGAGGUUGUGGCCAACCUUGAGGACAGUGACCCGGAGAGUCCCCUUCCAGUGGUGGCAGCGCGGGUUAAGGCACAGCAGCGUCAUGAGCGAGAGAAGACGGAAGAAGAAAAUGUUGCCCUGGAAGUGAAAGAGAAAUUUGAGCUGAGCCCCCGGAUGAGAGAGGCCUGCCUGGUGGUAAGGAGCCAUCUUGGCCAUGGUGGAGGUGGAGUAAAGACCAGAGAAGUGGUGAUCAGCACCAGCCUCAUCCUGCAGGAGUGGUUCCGUGUGUCCAGCCAAAAAUUCUCCUUGGCCAGCCAGGUGGCCGAUCACCUGCUGGCCUUUUCCGAAAUCUCACCGGCGAUUCUGGCCCAUGUCGUCAACCUGUCAGAUGGGAACGGGAACACGGCUCUGCACUACAGUGUCUCUCAUUCCAACUUUGACAUUGUCCAGCUUCUACUCAACACAGGAGUAAGCAACGUCAACCAUCAGAACAAAGCCGGCUACACGGCCCUCAUGUUGGCUGCCUUGGCGGCUGUGGAGCGGGAAGAAGACAUGGCUGUCGUCCGGAGACUGUUUGCCCUGGGCAAUGUUAAUGCCAAAGCCAGCCAAGCAGGCCAGACGGCUCUUAUGCUUGCAGUGAGCCACGGCAGGCAGGAGAUGGUGGAAGCUCUGCUGGCUUGUGAAGCAGACAUCAACCUCCAAGACGAGGAAGGCUCCACAGCCCUCAUGUGUGCUUGUGAGCACGGGCGGGCAGGCACCGUGCGGCUUCUCCUCUCUCAGCCAACUUGCGAUGCGUCCAUCGUGGAUAAUGACGGCAAUGAUGCAGUUUCCAUAGCUCUGGAGGCGGGACACCGUGAGAUAGCAGCAUUGAUAUCCACUCACCUCACGCAAGUGGCAGCUCAUUCAUCUGUGAGUUAA